AUGUGCACAUUCCAAACAAUAGCAUGCAGUAAAUGCUUUUGGUGUGGAAAGUUCUUCAGCUGCAGAUCAAAGCUCUUUGUGCAUCAAAGAACUCACACAGGAGAGAGACCUUUUGAAUGCUCAGAAUGUGGAAAGAGAUUCAGACACAGUAGCACUCUUCGUGUGCAUCAAAGAACUCACACAGGGGAGAGACCUUUUGAAUGCUCAGAGUGUGGAAAGAGAUUCAGACACAGUAGCACUCUUCACGUGCAUCAAAGAACUCAUACAAAGGAGAGACCUUUUGAAUGCUCAGAAUGUGGAAAGAGAUUCAGUCAGAGUGACACUCUUAAAAAGCAUCAAAGAACUCACACAGGGGAGAGACCUUUCGAAUGCUCAGAGUGUGGAAAGAGAUUCAGUGAGAGUGGCAGUCUUAAAAAGCAUCACAGAACUCACACAAAGGAGAAGCCUUUUGAAUGCUCUGAGUGUGGAAAGAGAUUCAGUGAGAGUGGCACUCUUAAAAAGCAUCAGAGAACUCACACAGGUGAGAGACCUUUUCAGUGCUCAGAGUGUGGAAAGAGAUUCAGUGAGAGUGGAACUCUUCACGUGCAUCAAAGAACUCACACAAAGGAGAGGCCUUUUGAAUGCUCAGAGUGUGGAAAGAGAUUUAGUCAGAGUGGCCAUCUUCAACUGCAUCAAAGAACUCACACAAAGGAAAGACCUUUUGAAUGCUCACAGUGCGGAAAGAGAUUCAGUCAGAGUACCCAACUUCAAACUCAUCAGAGAACUCACACAAAGAAGAGACCUUUUGAAUGCUCAGAAUAGUGUGGAAAGAGAUUCAGACACCGUAGCACUUUUCACGUGCAUCAAAGAACUCAUACAAAGGAGAGACCUUUUGAAUGCUUUGAGUGUGGAAAGAGAUUCAGUGAGAGUGGCAGUCUUAAAAAGCAUCACAGAACUCACACAAAGGAGAAGCCUUUUGAAUGCUCUGAGUGUGGAAAGAGAUUCAGUGAGAGUGGCACUCUUCAUGUGCAUCAGAGAACUCACACAAAGGAGAGGCCUUUUGAAUGCUCUGAGUGUGGAAAGAGAUUCAGUCAGAGUGGCAGCUUUCAACGGCAUCAAAGAAUUCACACAAAGGAAAGGCCUUUUGAAUGCUCAGAGUGUGGAAAGAGGUUCAGUGAGAGUGGCAGUCUUCACGUGCAUCAAAGAACUCACUCAAAGGAGAGGCCUUUUGAAUGCUCAGAGUGUGGAAAGAGAUUCAAAAACAGUAGCACUCUUCACGUGCAUCAAAAAACACACACAAAGAGGCCUUUUGAAUGCUCUGAGUGUGGAAAGAGAUUCAGUGAGAGUGGCACUCUUAAAAAGCAUCAGAGAACUCACACAGGUGAGAGACCUUUUCAGUGCUCAGAGUGUGGAAAGAGAUUCAGUGAGAGUGGAACUCUUCACGUGCAUCAAAGAACUCACACAAAGGAGAGGCCUUUUGAAUGCUCAGAGUGUGGAAAGAGAUUUAGUCAGAGUGGCCAUCUUCAACUGCAUCAAAGAACUCACACAAAGGAAAGACCUUUUGAAUGCUCACAGUGCGGAAAGAGAUUCAGUCAGAGUACCCAACUUCAAACUCAUCAGAGAACUCACACAAAGAAGAGACCUUUUCAAUGCUCAGAGUGUGGAAAGGAAUUCAGUCACAGUAGCACUCUUCAUUACAUCAAGAACUCACAGAAAGAAGACCUUUUCAGUGCUCAGGUGUGGAAAGAGACAUUCAGCCUUAAAAUCACACCCACCAACCCUUCCAAGGUAGGCAAAUCCGCUACACCCUCCCCUCCUCAACUUCACAACGGACACCUUGUCUUGACUGAGCUGGGCUCCACCCAAGGCCCUUCAAAGGAGUCCCAGGUGCCUUGGUUAUGGGCCCAGGCGCUGUCCUCCACCCGUGAGCAAGGCGGUGGUUCCUGUGUGUCCCUGUGUGUUCCUGUGAGCUGCGGUGUGGCUGUCCAGUACAGAGUCUACUUUAUGGUGGUCUCAGCAGCCCGGCAUGCCGCUUGA